AUGAUCUCGACCACGACGAAGACGGCGCCCGUAACGCUGAAGGCUGUCGAAGAUCAGCGCAUGAGAGUGGACGGCUCUGAUGCGACAUUCGGCGACUGGAGGGAUGAUUUAGCCAGAGACGGCUAUGCAGUCAUCAAGUGUGCGAUUCCGAGAGAGAGGGCGGACAAGUAUGCAGACCAGAUGUACAGCUGGUUGGAAGGAUUCAACCUCGGCUUUGACCGUAAUGACAUGUCAACAGUUCACAAAGACAAGCUACCUUUGAUCACCGAGAAAGGCAUGUGCCUGCAGUAUGCUGUCACGCACGAAGACUUUGCUUGGUCCAUUCGAGGAGAGCCUGGCGUUGUCGGAGCCUUCGAAAAGGUCUACGAUAACAAGGAUUUGAUUGUGUCGUUCGAUGCGAUCAACUUUACCUUGCCUCGCUCUGAUAUUGCACCAAACAAGCCAUGGCCUCAUCAAGACCAGGACCCCGCGAAGCCCGGUUUCAGAUGCUUGCAAGGCUUGGUGAACCUACUUCCCAAUGGGCCGGAUGAUGGCGGUCUGAUCGUGUGUCCUGGCGGACAUCUGCUUUCCGACGAAUUCCACAGGGACAUGGCCGAUGAGGAACGUAUCCCAGCGUGGACACCAGAAUGGUAUGGCUUCACCGAGAACGGUAUGAAGUGGCUCGAGAACAAGGGUCUGAAGUGGUUGAAGGUGUGCGCAGACCCCGGCGAUCUGCUCGUAUGGGACUCUCGUACCCCCCACUACAACCUGAGCUCGAAGACGAACCAGCCCAGAUUUGCAGUUUACACUUGCUACAUGCCUGUCGAAGAUGCGACCCAAGAGGAUUUGCGAAGGAAGAAGGACGCAUAUGAGCGCUGGGUGGGAACAACCCACUGGCCCAACGCUAGGCACACAGGCUCGAAUGUCGCGAAAAGAGAGGGAGUAGAUGACCCACACAACCGCUUUGAGCCGGUCAACAAGCCGGUCAUGGAUGAGAGGACAUUCAAGCUGACAGGUAUUCCGUACAUCAAGGCCGAUGCCUAA